AUGGCUACUGCAACAGGUCGAGAUAUUGGAUCUGCACAGUCGCGCAAGAGAGCGAGCGAUGCAGAGCUUGGAUUUCCGAAGAAGCCCAAGAUUGAAGCAAAGACGGACCCUUCACGAUGGCGAAUGAAGGAUGAUGACAGCCGCCACACUUGGCAUUAUUUGACAACCAAUAAGGCUGCUCAAGAAUGGCCCCAGAGCUUUGCGGAGAAGUACUAUUUGGGGCUGCCCCUGGACUUGCCAGCACUUCCCAAGCCCGCAACGCCUCUAGACUCUGCCAAAAACGCUCUCGAGUUCUUCCAAAAGCUCCAGCUGCCUUCAGGACACUGGGGAUGCGAGUAUGGCGGCCCAAUGUUUCUCCUUGCUGGUAUUGUUGUCGCCUGGUACGUCACCAAGACGCCGAUUUCGUCGGCAUACGCAACGGCCAUAAAGGACUACCUCACGGCACGAGCUCACCCGAAAGACGGCGGCUGGGGACUGCACAUUGAAGGUGAGAGCACCGUAUUCGGCAUCACCCUCAACUACACAGUGUUACGCCUUGUUGGCGUCGACCCUGAGGACCCGCUCAUGGUAAAGGCUCGGGGUACCUUACACAAGCUUGGGGGAGCCGUCGACUCACCACACUGGGCCAAGUUCUGGUUGGCAACUCUGGGUGUAGUAAGCUGGGACAUUGUCAAUCCUGUUCCGCCUGAACUUUGGCUGCUUCCAGAUUGGGUGCCCAUAGCACCAUGGAGAUGGUGGGUUCAUAUCAGAAUGGUUUUCCUGCCAAUGGCAUACGUCUACUCAAAGAGAUGGAGCUGUGAGGAGACAGACGUAAUCCGUGGUUUGAAAGAGGAGCUUUUUACACAGCCUCACGCAGACAUCAACUGGGCUGCGCACCGAAACAGUAUUGCACCUGGCGAUAACUACCACCCAAAAUCAUGGCUGCUCAACACUGUGAAUUGGCUCGUUGUCAAUGUCUGGAACCCAUACCUGCGACCAAACUUCAUCAAGGAACGAGCCGAACAGUGGGUUAGCCAGCAGGUGGAUAUGGAAGAUGCCAACACAGGCUACGCCGAUCUCGCGCCUGUAAAUGCGCCGAUGAACACGAUUGUAUGCUACAUUCGAGAUGGACCUGAUGCCUACAGCACAAAGCGGCACAUUGAACGGCUAAAUGAGUAUCUGUGGGUCAAGGAUGAGGGCAUGCUCUGUAACGGCACCAACGGCGUCCAGUGCUGGGAUACCGCAUUUCUGAUCCAAGGCGUCUUUGAGGCCGGCCUGCAAGACGAUGAGCGUUGGCGGCCAAUGCUCACUCGCGCCCUGGAGUACUUGGAACGCCAACAGAUUCGUGAAAAUUGCGUCGACCAAGAGAAAUGCUACCGGCAACCACGAAAAGGAGGUUGGCCCUUCAGCAACCGAGAUCAAGGCUAUGCUGUCAGUGACUGUGUCUCUGAGGCCCUCAAAGCCAUCAUUCUGCUACAAAAGGUCGGAGGGUUCCCAGAGGUGCUGGAAGACCAGCGCAUUUUUGACGCAGUCGACACGUUGUUGCUGUACCAGAAUGACAACGGGGCAUUAUCAUCGUACGAGGCCCGACGAGCUGGAGAGUACAUGGAAACGUUUAAUGCCGCUGAAGUCUUUGGCAGGAUCAUGAUCGAGUAUGACUAUCCUGAAUGCACAACAGCGUGCGUCACUGCCCUUUCGCUUUUCAGUAAGCAUUGGCCGGAUUACAGAAACAAGGAGAUCAAGGUAUUCAUCAACAGAGCAACCAACUGGAUCAAAACAAAUCAGCGGAUUGACGGCAGUUGGUAUGGCAGCUGGGGCAUAUGUUUCACCUAUGCGACCAUGUUUGCACUGGAAAGCAUGGCUAGUAUUGGCGAGACAUAUUCUAAUAGCAAGAUUUCACGGCGCGGCUGUGACUUUCUCAUUUCUAAACAGAGAGAGGAUGGCGGCUGGUCCGAAAGCUACAAGGCUUGCGAAACAAUGGAGUAUCAUGAGCAUCCGAUGGGGUCUCUAGUGGUUCAAACUGCAUUUGCGUUGAUUGGCCUACUUGAAGCCGACUACCCUCGUAUUGAGCCGUUGCAGAAGGGCAUCAAAUUGAUCAUGGAACGACAGCAAGAAAGCGGAGAAUGGCUUCAGGAAGCCAUCGAAGGCGUUUUCAACAAAUCUUGCAUGAUCUCGUAUCCCAACUACAAGUUUACGUUUACCUUGAAGGCGUUGGGGUUAUUUGCGAAGAAGUACCCUGAUGUCAAGCUACAACUGCAAUGA